GGACAGAGGUUUCAUCGGUCCCGGUUCUGUUAGAGACCACGUUGUCCGCGUGUUUCCCCGCGAAUCACGACACUUUUUUUUUCCUCUGCGGAUUUAAAGUCGCGGCUCUUUUUUUUUUCUUCUCCAGUGGAAGAGUGAGCGGCUGCGUUCACACUGGAGACUGAGACCCGGCUCUCAGUUACCUGCAAGUUUCCUCCUGCUCUCACUUUGUGCAUCAAGUGUCCACUUCUGUCCACGUCUGUUCCUUUUGAACUAAAACGAGGAUCCUGGUGGACCCUGGAGAAGAAGAAGAACCAGAGAAGAAGCUGGAGACAUGAAGAAGAAGGAGGAACCUUCAAGAGCUGAGAAUCUGUAGGAAUCUUGGAGAUGUUCUGACUGAUGUGAGACAACAGCUCCUGUCCUCUUCCAUCAUCAGAAUUUUGGAAAUGUUUGGCUCCAGUUCAAAACCUUCACCUUGAGGGAGUGAAUUCUGUGUCCUUGUGGGUUGUGUGUCUCCGGGGUUCGUGUCUCCUGGGUUGCGUGUUUCCUGGGUUUUGUGUCUCCUGGGUUUCAUGUCACCUGGGUUGCAUGUCACCUGGGUUUCGUGUCACCUGGGUUACGUGUCUCCUGGGUUGCGUGUCACCUGGAUUGCAUGUCUACUGAGUUUCAUGUCUCCUGGGUUUCAUGUCUCCUGGUGAGACUAAUGUCUUUGCUUUGUGAAGUUUCCGGUGUUUGGAGAUGGAGACCCAGGUCUCUAUGGACAGCUCAGAAGAUCAGUGUAGAACCUGAAAGACUUGAAGGCAUCUGAGUUCUGUGGAUCCCAGAACACCCAGUGAAGACCUGGGGACAGUGGGAGGAGUCAAGGACCCCCAAGAUCUCACACAGAACCUGACAGAGACCCUGGGUAUUCGCAGUAGUUCUGAGAACUCCUUGGCUCCCCCUCUCUGGACUGAUGGGCACACUGCGGGACCUGCAGUACGCUCUCCAGGAGAAGAUCGAGGAGCUGCGGCAGCGGGACGCCCUGAUUGACGAGCUGGAACUGGAGCUGGACCAGAAGGACGAGCUGAUCCAGCGGCUCCAGAACGAGCUGGACAAGUACCGGUCUGUGAUCCGACCUGCCACCGCCCAGCAGGUCCAGGCCCAGCAGCGGAACCUGGUCCUGCAGCCGGACCAGCACCGCAGCAAGAGGCAGGCCAUCUCUGCAGAACCCACGGCCUGUGACAUCAGCACGCUGAGUCAUGUGACCCUGCCCUUCUACCCCAAGAGUCCUGAGUCAAAGGACCUGAUCAAAGUCGCCAUCUUGGACAACGACUUUAUGAAGAACCUGGAAUUGUCUCAGAUCCAGGAGAUCGUGGACUGUAUGUACCCGGUGGAUUAUGGGAAAGACACGUGUAUCAUCAAAGAGGGCGAUGUCGGAUCCCUGGUCUUUGUCAUGGAAGAGGGUAAGGUACAGGUGAGUAAAGAGAAGAUGAGCUUGUGUACCAUGGGACCUGGGAAAGUGUUUGGUGAACUCGCCAUUCUGUACAACUGCACGAGGACAGCGACGGUCAGGACUCUCUCUCAUGUAAAGUUGUGGGCGAUCGACCGUCAGUGUUUCCAGACCAUAAUGAUGAGAACUGGACUCAUCAAACACACCGAGUAUAUGGACUUCCUCAAGAGUGUUCCGUCCUUCCAGACUCUCUCAGAGGAAACUCUCAGUAAACUUGCUGAUGUCAUGGAGGAGACGCACUAUGACGAUGGCGAGUUCAUCAUCAGACAAGGAGCCACUGGAGACACCUUCUUCAUCAUCAGCAAGGGAAAGGUGAACGUGACACAGGAGAGCUCGGCCAAUCAGGAGCCAGUACAUCUGCGGGAGCUCGGCCGGGGAGACUGGUUUGGAGAGAGAGCGCUGCAGGGGGAGGACGUAAGAACAGCCAACGUUGUUGCCAUGGAAGCGGUCACCUGCCUGGUCAUCGACAGAGACUCAUUCAAGCAUCUGAUUGGUGGAUUAGACGACGUCUCAGGGCGAGUGUAUGAGGACGCAGACGCACAAGCCAAGUACGAUGCAGAGAACGCCUUCUUCUCCACUCUGAAGCUGAACGACUUCAACAUCAUCGACACGUUGGGAGUCGGUGGCUUUGGACGCGUGGAGCUGGUGCAGCUGAAGAACGAGGAGGUGAAGACAUUUGCGAUGAAGAUCCUGAAGAAGCGUCACAUCGUGGACACCAGACAACAGGAACACAUUCGCUCUGAGAAACACAUCAUGACUGAGGCUCACUGUGACUUCAUCGUCAGGUUGUAUUGGACGUUCAAAGACAGUAAAUACCUGUACAUGCUGAUGGAGGCGUGUCUUGGAGGAGAAGUGUGGACCAUCCUGAGAGACAGAGGUUCAUUUGAAGACUCAACCACCAGGUUCUACACGGCGUGUGUAGUCGAAGCUUUGGCUUACCUUCACGCCAAAGGCAUCAUCUACAGAGACCUGAAGCCCGAGAACCUGAUACUGGACAGUCGAGGAUAUGCCAAACUGGUCGACUUUGGUUUUGCCAAGAAGAUCGGCUGCUGUAAGAAGACCUGGACAUUCUGCGGGACACCGGAGUACGUGGCUCCAGAGAUCAUCCUCAACAAAGGUCACGAUGUCUCGGCAGACUACUGGUCUCUGGGCAUUCUAAUGUUUGAGCUGCUGACCGGCAGUCCACCGUUCUCAGGUCCAGAUCCGAUGAAAACCUACAACAUCAUACUGAGAGGCAUCGACAUGAUCGAGUUCCCCAAAAAGAUGACCAAGAAUGCCGGCAACCUCAUCAAGAGGCUCUGCAGAGAUAAUCCGUCAGAGAGACUUGGGAACCUGAAGAACAGAGUCAAGGACAUCCAGAAACACAAGUGGUUUGAAGGCUUUAACUGGGAAGGUCUAAGGAAAGGAACUCUGACUCCACCCAUCACUCCUGAUGUGUCCUCUCCGACUGACACCAGUAACUUUGACAGUUUUCCUGAAGACACCGACGAACCGCCUCCAGACGACAACACCGGCUGGGACUAUGACUUCUAAAGCUCCGCCCCCCCAGCUCACACCCAAUAACGAAGCCUGCAAAGAUGAAGAAGUGGAUUUUUCAACAAGACUCUGUGGAGCCUUUAAUGGACGAUUGUUG